UCUGCUGCAGCUAGCCCGAGGCUCCUCCUGCUCCUCCUACUAGCUCCGUCCUUUGGUCCGUUCCGAGCUCUCGAGACUGCCCGGCUACAAUUCUCGCUGCGAUUGGCUUCCUCGGCUGUCCCUCCUGUCUGAUCACCACGCCCGGGCCCUGAGUCGGGUCUUGCCUACACACAUAUAAUUAUCGUCGACUAGUGUGCGCCUUUCCGUCCCUCCGGUUCUGUUCAUCAUGAAUACCGUCUUUCCAGUCACCCGCCUCGUCCGGUCGUCCUUCCUGCCCAGAUCUCGAUCUGCGCUCCCAUUCAGAACGUCAUCGCCCAUUGCUAUCGCUCGCCCAGCCGCACCCGUCGCCUUUUUCCACCACACUAGAAUCAACAUGGCGCAAAAGAUCAAGGUCCAGAACCCCGUCGUCGAGCUAGACGGCGACGAGAUGACUAGGAUCAUCUGGAAGGACAUCAAGGACAAGCUCAUCCUUCCCUAUCUCGAUGUCGACCUAAAGUACUACGAUCUUGGCCUCGAGUACCGUGACGAGACGAACGACCAGGUCACCAUCGACGCCGCCGAGGCUAUCAAGAAGUACUCGGUGGGUGUCAAGUGCGCCACCAUCACUCCUGAUGAGGCGCGUGUUGAGGAGUUCAAGCUCAAGCAAAUGUGGUUGUCUCCCAACGGCACGAUCCGAAAUGCGCUAGGCGGUACUGUCUUCCGCGAACCCAUUGUCAUCCCCCGCAUUCCUCGACUAGUGCCUGGCUGGAAGAAGCCCAUUAUCAUUGGACGUCAUGCCUUCGGCGACCAAUACCGCGCUAAGGACCGCGUUAUCCCGGGGCCCGGCAAGCUGAGCAUGGUCUACACUCCGGAGGGUGGCCAGCCCGAGGAGAUUGAGGUUUUCCAAUUCAAGAACGGUGGUGGCGUUUCCCAGACCCAGUACAACACGGACGAGAGUAUCACCGGCUUCGCGCAUGCGAGCUUCAAGCUCGCGCUCGACAAGAGCCUCCCGCUGUACAUGAGCACCAAGAACACUAUCUUGAAGAAGUACGACGGACGAUUCAAGGACAUCUUCCAGGAGAUAUACGAUACUCAGUACAAGAAGGAAUUCGAGGCUAAGAACAUAUGGUAUGAGCACCGUCUCAUUGAUGACAUGGUCGCUCAGAUGAUUAAGAGCUCUGGAGGCUACAUCAUGGCCCUGAAGAACUAUGACGGUGACGUGCAAUCCGAUAUCGUAGCUCAAGGAUUCGGCUCCCUAGGUCUUAUGACUUCGGUCCUCAUCACACCCGACGGAAAGACAUUCGAGUCGGAAGCCGCGCAUGGUACCGUGACACGACACUACCGCGAGCACCAGAAGGGCCGCGAGACCUCCACGAACCCCAUCGCUAGCAUCUUUGCCUGGACCCGUGGGUUGGUCCAGCGUGGCAAGCUCGACAACACUCCUGAUGUCGUCGCGUUCGCAGAGUCCCUUGAAAAGGCCUGUGUCGACACAGUAGACAUUGAUGGAAUCAUGACCAAGGAUCUUGCCCUCGCGUGCGGUAAGACCGCUCGUGAAGACUACGUCACUACCACCGAGUACCUGAACGCCGUCGAGAAGCGUCUCAAGAGCUCCUUGAAAGAGAAGCUAUAAACCCUGACUGUCCAAGUAUUUCGAUAUUCCUAACCUAGACCGGCCUGAACAAGAACAGUCAGAGCCACGCUAUGAGGAAGCGCCGACCCAUGAGACAGCAAUUCAUCGCGAUUUAGAGGUGAUCCCAUGAUACCAGCUCCCUCCCUCCCUAUCUA